CAAUCGUACGACAUUGGGAUUCCAUAUUUAAACUCAGAUCACGGUUUGGAUUCUCUACCAGAGAUAUAUAUAUAUAUAUAUACUGCCUGAUGGCUCGAAGACUUCUAGGGAAUGCAGAUUCGAUCCUCUCACCCGAACCUUCGCCGCCUCACAGCAGCAGGACAUGGCUCUCAGCGAGUACGGCCGUGACCUCACGGCCGUGGCCAGCAGCGCUGACCCGGUGAUCGGCCGCGACGCCGAGACCGACCGCGUCGUCUCCAUCCUCUGCCGCCGGACCAAGAACAACGCCGUGCUCGUCGGCGCCCCGGGCGUCGGCAAGACGGCCGUGGUCGAGGGCCUUGCCCAACGCAUCGUCGCCUGCACGGUUCCUCCCGAGCUUCACGGCGUGCGCGUCGUGGAGGUCGACCUUGGCGCCAUGGUCGCCGGCACCACGCUACGCGGCAUGUUCGAGGAACGCCUGAAAGACGUCAUCAGGGAAGCCGAGGAGGCGGAAGGCAAGGUGAUCCUGUUCAUAGACGAGGUGCACAUGCUUGUCGGCGCCGGCCAAGGCAGCGGCAGCAUGGACGGCGCGAAUCUUCUGAAACCGGCGCUGGCCCGUGGCCGUGUCCGCUGCGUGGGAGCGACAACCUUUGACGAGUACCGCAAGCACAUCGAGAAGGACGCCGCGCUCGAGCGGCGUUUCCUCAUGGUGCAGGUCGAGGAGCCGAGCGUGCCUGAAACCAUCGCUAUUCUUAAGGGUUUAAGGCAGCGGUACGAAGAGCACCAUGGCUUGAAAAUUCAGGAUGACGCCAUUGUUGCUGCUACCGAGCUUGCUGGCCGCUAUAUCACCGGUGAGGAAUCUUCCACUUACAUUUCCUUGCAUUGCCUUUCUUGGGUAGGACGUAAUAAUGGGCCUCAUCUUUCUUUCGGUAUAUUAUCAGCCUGUAAUUUAUGCUAUUUAUUACAUGGAGGAGUAUGAGCCUUUUUUCGAUAAAGGGCAGGAGUAUGUAGAUCGAAGGCAAGAAUAAUAAAUGUUGAAUCUAAAUGUGCCAU